CAUUGUAUAGCUCCGAGAAAGGGGACCUGCUUAAUCAGAGAGCAAGCGUUUUUCGAGCUCCUCCAAGUCCAAGGUUGCAUGGAUUUCUCUGCUCAAGUGUCAGACGGAGAAACAUUGCAACUUUGGUUGCGAAUGCUGUGACUGAUAACGUUUUUGGUAUGCAUUAAAAUCAAGUUUGAGAUAAAAAUUGGAACAAAUUGCGUGUUCAAUUAGUUAUGGAGCCCCUCUGGAAGCUUUUGUAUUUGCUGGAGCCUGCACCUAUUUCUCUAAUUGUAACAGCAGUAGGUGUGACUUUUGGAUCUGCAUUUCGCGCUCUUAAUUAUGGGAAAGAAAUGGAGAGAAAUCGUGAUUUAUCAGAAACAUCAAUUACAUUAGAUAGGUCCCAAGCUCUCAUGAUCCCAGUAAUGAGCUCUAUAAGCUUGCUUUUGAUGUUCUACCUGUUCUCUUCUGUCUCACAACUCCUCACUGUAUUCACAGCCAUUGCCUCUGUAUCCUCCCUAUUUUUCUGCCUAUCUCCUUAUGUAGCCUAUUUGAAGUCACAAUUUGGUUUUUCUGACCCGUACGUGUCAAGGUGUUGUUCCAAGUCAUUUACACGAAUCCAAGGGCUGUUACUGUUCUUAUGCAUUGGUACAGUUGUUGCUUGGCUUGUUACUGGACAUUGGGUAUUGAACAAUUUGUUGGGCAUUUCCAUAUGCAUUGCAUUUGUGAGUCAUGUCCGUCUUCCGAACAUCAAAAUCUGUGCAAUGCUCCUCGUCUGCCUAUUCGUAUAUGACAUAUUCUGGGUUUUUUUCUCCGAGAGGUUUUUUGGGGCGAAUGUCAUGGUAUCAGUGGCAACACAACAAGCUUCAAACCCUGUUCACACCGUUGCAAAUAGUUUGAGUCUGCCUGGGCUGCAAAUGGUAACAAAGAAAUUGGAAUUGCCCGUGAAGAUUGUGUUUCCCAGGAACUUAUUGGGCGGACUGAUUCCUGGAGGAGCCAGAGACUUCAUGAUGCUUGGUCUCGGUGACAUGGCAAUUCCUGCUAUGCUUCUGGCAUUAGUCCUAUGUUUUGAUCAUCGAAGGAGCAGGGAUUCGAUAAACCUGUUAGAAAUGCAUUCCUCCAAGGGGCACAAAUAUAUUUGGUAUGCCCUUCCCGGAUAUGCCAUUGGACUGGUUACUGCUUUAGCAGCUGGCAUUCUGACCCACUCACCUCAACCUGCUCUUCUUUAUCUUGUGCCUUCUACGUUGGGACCAAUUGUUUUCAUAUCUUGGAUAAGGAAGGAACUAGCAGAGCUAUGGGAUGGACCCUUGCCAAACUCGAACGAUAAAGCUCACCAGAUAGAAGUAUGAGCCACUUAUCAUUGUGGUCUUGCACCAGCUUAGUGCUUGCUUGCAGACCAAAUUGAAAGUUGUACAUUCACUUGGAAUUGGAAGUCCUAUAUUCCUACUUGAAAAACCUGAUAGGAAAUUAGCAAUCAGUGUUAAUGUUCUGAAAUCUGAUACUUCAAAUGUUCCGGUUCCAAUUCUUCGACAUUCCAUGUAUGGAAGGAAAUAUAUGCGUUGAUCUUGUCA